GGGGACCCUCCUCGCCGCUCCCCCAAGUCGGCGCGGAACCGCCUCGGGCCGGGCUGAGAGCUGAGCGCGGCGGAGCCGGGAUGCGGGGCUCCCGGGACCGUGUAGGGCGCGCGGGGCGGCGGCGGGCGGGCGGGCGCUGUCCACGGUGCUGAAGCAGCGGCGGCGACAGCGGCAGGGACGCGGGCCGGGAGCAGGGAGCUCUCCUGGAAGCUCCACCGCGUCUGCGAGGCGGGGACGCCGUUGCUCGCCGGCCCAUGCCCGGUCCCCGAGCCCCGCGAGGAGGCGGGACGGCCCGCAGAGCGACAGGUUCUGUGAAGACUGCGUGGCGACCCGAGACUCCCCUCCCUGGCGACCGGCCUGUGGAACCAUGGAGAGCCUGAGUGAACUACAGAACCCACUGCUGCCAAGAAGCCCCACCCACCUCCACAGACCCUACCCCUACCCGGAGGCCCCGCCCGGCUGGUCCUGCCAGGAACAGCUUUAUUCCUUCCUCCUAGGAGGUGCUGGCCCUGCCCGUGCCCACCAGCUCCUAGACCCAGGGUCCCUGCAACUGGCCGUGGAGGCCUGGUAUCGGCCCACCUGCCUCCUGGGGAGGGACAAGGUCAAAGAGCCCAAAGCAGGCAGCUGUGAGACCAGCUUCACCGAAGCCAGGGAACCUUUAGUGGGACCUGCAGAGGAGGGCUCAGAACCUGGUCAAGCUGAGGAGGACGUCACCAUCCACACGGUGUCUUACGGGGUUCAAGAGGAGCUGCAGGGCCAGGAGGACAGUCAGGAGGAGGAGAGCGAUGGGACCUCCAGCGAGAGUGAGUGUGAAGACGCCUUCCUCACCCUGCCUCCCAGGGACCACUUGGGACUCACUCUCUUCUCCAUGCUCUGCUGCUUCUGGCCUCUGGGCAUUGCAGCUUUCUACUUCUCCCAGGGGACCAGCAAGGCCAUCUCCAAAGGGGACUUCCGCCUGGCCGGCACCACCUCCCGCCGAGCUCUCUUUCUGGCCACACUCUCCAUCGCGGUGGGGGCCGGUCUCUAUGUAGCUGUGGUGGUAGCUCUAGCUGCUUACAUGUCUCAGAAUGGCCAUGGCUAGUGCUCAGUAGGACUAUCAUCCCGGCUCUCCCAGCCUACCGGUGUAAAACUCGGAACUGUGUAGUCUCUGGAGCACCUUGGCCCUGAAGAGAACCAGAGACAAUAGCUUGCUGAGGAGAGACCUCCCUUUCUGCAGCCCACACAGGGGCCCUCUUGCCCACUGUUUUCCAGUCCCGGAGCAGGCUGGGUGGGGAUGGGAAGCAGGUGCAGCAGGGUUGUCCAAGAGGCCCAGCCUGGUGUACCCUGCUCACUCCCUACAGGACCUCUGCCCCAUAGGCAGCUCAGUCUCUACUUGCCAUCUUCCCCACCCAGAACGAGCAGGGGGCUCCAGGAAGGAAAAAGAAUUCCCAAGGGAUAAAGGACCUGGCUAGACUUUUCAGUUAAGAAGGUUCUCACCUGUGCACAUUUUGAGCAGCUGCCCCACCCCCUCCAGCCCCUCAAGGCCUGAGACCCUCCAACCAGGAAAGAAAACCAUGGGCCCCCAGCCAUCUCUUGCUCUUUCCGACUCUGGGUACUGCAUGUCUCCCUGUUAGACUGUGGAAGACGCUCUGUGGUGUCUCCCAGGUAGAGAUGGAGCCAGAGAGCUCUGUAAUGAGGGCAGGUUGCUAGGGCUUUUCUGUACCAG